AUGGUUCCCCGGCCCAACCACAAAGUGUCAGACCAGACGGGUCUCAAAUCACCGCCGGAGGAUCGAACACUACGAUUCAGGAAAGAUGGCACUUUCCAUAUCGCUGUAUUUGAGGACCUUCAUUUCGCCGAGCAUAACGACAAGGAUGCCAAAUCGAAAAAGGUGAUGUCAUACAUUCUUGCCGAAGAAGACAUCGACUUUGUAGUUCUCAAUGGCGACCUAGUAUCAGGCGAAAGGACACUGAAAAGCAACUCCAGUAAAUAUGUCCUCUCCGUCAUUUCGCCCCUUGUCAACGGGGGAUUUCUUUGGGCGUCGACCUACGGCAACCACGACAGCGAGAUCAAUCUCGACCCGGAAGAAGACGUAUUCAAAACUGAGACACGGUACCGCGGCUGCUUGACGCAGAGCAGAGUUUCUGGGCCCAAGGCUGGAGUUACAAAUUACUAUUUGCCGGUCUUUUCUCAUUCAGCAUCCAACACCAGCAAGCCCGCACUUAUCUUGUGGUUCUUUGAUUCUAAGGGUGGGCAUUAUCACCAAAAAAGUGGGGAGGGAGGCUUAUCGACUAAGAGACCUAAUUGGAUCGAUGAAUCUGUACGAAACCCCACCGGUGAUUGCUUUGAUAACUGA